CCACUUAGCCUUUCCCAGGGUGCACCGGGGGUCAAGAUGGCGGCCGCGGCGGCACUGGAGCGGAGCUACAUAGAAAUAUGUGGUUUCGAGAGAGAAACCCUCCAGAAAUUCCGAGAUAUAACGGUUGAUCCAGGGGUGAAUGCUCUUCCCGGAGGAGUCAAAUAUCCGGACAGUGCUGGUGGAUUCCAUUAUGAGGAAUGUGACAAGCUCCUGUCUGUUACAAGCAACAGGUUCAUACAGUGUUUUCUGGGACAGUGGUGUUUUUUCAUUGCAAAUCUGCAGCUGCAGAGCAGGGUGACGGAGUACGAGUUCCCCCCAGAGGAGUUCCAUCAGCUGCAGGAGGAAUACUGGUCCCGGUUCUACGCCUGUUGCCUGCAGUACCAGGAGGCCCUGGCCACGCCCCUCGCCCUGCACGUCAACCCCGGCACCUCCAUGGUCUGUCUGCUCAAGAAGGGCUUCCUGUCAUUUCUGGUGCCCUGCUUUGGUGUGGAUCACCUGUACCUGUCCUCCUCUGAGAACCUGGCCGUGGAGGACGAGACCUCCGUCACCGAGGACCCCGACACGGCCCGGGACGUCCUGCAGCUGGUGCACUGCCUGCGUCUGCUGGGCGAGUCGGUGUCGCCCGACAUGGCGCUCAUGAUGGAGAAGGCCGUGGAGCACCUGCACCCGCCGGAGAAGGCGGCAGAGCGAGUGCUGGAGAGCCUGCUGGCCAAUGAGAGCAGCAACGUUAUAGAGGACAUCCAGAGUAAACUGCAGGACAUCCGCAACCCUCUGAACGCCAUCUCCAUCCUGCUCCGGGAGAUGGACUAUGAAACAGAGGUGGAAGUGGAAGAUCAAUUUGCUGCAGCCCAGCCCCUCGGCGUGCGCGUGAGUCUGUCCCAGCUCCUGGGCAGCGGCCUGGCCGUGACCCUGGUGUGCCAGGCCGCGUGUCAGAGCGCCGCUGCCCGCCUGCUCCUCUGCCGGGACCUGCUCGUGCUGCUGCAGCUCUACGUGCGCCUGGGGGACAACGCGUACCUGGGCGUGAGAGGGCAGCUCCUGCAGCUGCAGCAGGACCUGAUCCCCCGGACGGCUCACCUGCUCUGCUCCUACUACCUGAUCAGGUGGGCUGGGCAGUGCCUGUCCACGCCGGUGCCCCUGGACACGCUAGAUGCUAACCUGCAGCACCUGUCGGUCCUGGAGCUGUCUGACUCCCCUGCCCUGGCUCCCAAUAAAUCAGUGCUGAGUCCCCAGACUGUGGCCGAGCUGUUCUACCAGAACGUGGGCAGGAAGGCCAUCGUGUCUCAGAUCUACGCUCAGCAGGUCGCUCCUCUGAGCCAGGCUGUCCUGAGCUGGACCCAGCUGGUCCCUGCUGUCAUCACCUCCCUCUCCCAGCACCUAUGGCCGAGCAAUCCGGGAUUUCUCUUCCCAGAGUGCCUGAUGGGAAACUGCCAGUACACCCAGCUGCAGGAUUAUGCCCGACUGAUCAGUCCCUGGUGUCAGGUGAAUGUUGGAUCCUGCCAGUUUGUGCUGGGACAGUGCUAUCUGGCCACGGGGGAAGGACACAAGGCUCUGCAGUGCUUCCAGGCGGCCGUGACGGAGGUGGAGAAGGAGGAUUUCCUGAUCAGGCUCUCCAGCUCCGAGGAGGAGGAGGUGGCCGCUGCCCCGCGGCUGCAGUACUACAACAAGGUGCUGAGGCUGCUGGAGGACGUGGGCCUGCCCGAGCUGGUCAUCCGGUUGGCGACGGUGGCCGUCUCCGAGGCCAUCCACGACGUCCGGAGCCAGGCGGCCCUGCUGACCCGCGUAUUCAAGCACCACCUGGACCUUGGCCACAACAGCCAGGCGUACGAGGCUCUGACCCAGAACCCCGACUCCAGCAGUUACUGUUUCGUCACCCAGAUAUUUUGCAUUAUGGCAUUAAACAGUUUUUAAUGUAUUUAUUUCUUGUCUCAGGUGGUCAGUAUAAUUGAGUCCCGUGCCAGAGCAGUGGACCUGAUGACUCACAAUUACUAUGAGCUGCUGUAUGCUUUCCAUAUCAACCGGCACAACUACAGGAAAGCCGGCACAGUGAUGUUCGAGUACGGGAUGCGUCUGGGCAGGGAGGUGCGCACGCGUCACGGGCUGCAGAAGCAGGUCAACUGCUACCUGGCUGCCAUGAACUGCCUGCGCCUCAUCCGGCCCGAGUAUGCCUGGAUCGUGCAGCCGGUGUCCGGCGGAGUGUACGAGCGGCCGGGGGCUUCCCCGAAGAGGAGUCACGACGGAGAGUGUGCUGCAGGCCCAGUGAGCCGUCAUAUUGACAUCCUGGAGCUGAAGGAUCUACAGAAGGAGUACAUCCUGGCUCGGAAUCGCCUGACCCUGGCACAGCACGAUCCCUCCUCUGCUGCCAUUGCAGGAAGCGCUUCGGCGGUGGAGAUGGUGACCUUGCUGGUGCAGGCCGGGCUGUUCGACGCGGCCCUGUCGCUCUGCCAGACCUUUCAGCUCCCCCUCACGCCUGUCUUCGAAGGGCUGGCUUUCAAGUGUAUUAAGCUGCAAUAUGGCGGAGAAGCACAUCAGAAUGAAGCCUGGAACUGGCUUGCUGCUAAUCAGCUGUCCUCUGUAAUCACCACCAAAGAAUCGAGUGCCACGGAUGAGGCCUGGCGUCUGCUGUCCUCUUACCUGGAAAGGUACCCAUCCCAGAAUGCCCAGUACCACCGCUGCGUUCUCGACAAGCUGCUGUCGCAUGGCGUGCCCUUACCGGACUGGCUGGUCAACGGGUACAAGGUGGUGGACGCCGCAGGGUUGCUGCGCCUCUACCUGAAUUACGACCUCCUGGAGGCGGCAGGGGAGCUGGUGCUGGAAUAUGUGGAUGCCCUUCUUGGAAAAGGCCACCAGUACUUUGGAUUUGAAAAGCCUUUGUCAGCCACUGGUCCCCUGGCCUGGCUUCCUUAUCUGUCCAUUGAUCAGCUGCUACAGACCCUCAGCGAGAACCAGGCCAACGCCUUUAAUGCCAACCUGUACCAGAAGCUGCAGGAGAAGCUGGGUCAUUACCACAGACUUGUGGAGCAGGCCACCUUCCAGAAAACAAUGAAACUAUAGUCCCUACCGGGGGUCUCGAACCCGAGCUGUUCACACCAGAGCACUGCCUUUUCACCUGUGCAUUGAACCCAUUUCAGACCACGAUAAAAUAACCUGAAGUGUAUUUUUCUAUUGACAGUAAAGGAAUAUUGUUUAUAUACAAAUAGAGAUUUUUCAUUGGAAUGUUGGUUUGCUCUCAGUGAUUCAGCCACUGCUCCUGGUCUGGUUUUUAUUCGAUGUCACAGACCGGUUUGCUCUUACAAUGCCUGAUCAUGUACAAUACGUGUAUGUAUGUUGCGUUUUUUCCCCUAAAAACGUCUGACUGGGACUCAUUCAAGAAUGUUUGUCACUAGGAUUGAAAAAAAUACUGUAUAUUUUCUUCUUUAUACCUAAAAAGUACACGGUAACAAACAUCUUGUUUCCACCCUUGCGUUUGUUGUGGAUUUGUAGUGUUUUGUACUCGGCCUGUGAGUUUCACCUGCGGGGUGCCUGUAAAUUAAGAGUUUUCUGAAUUUUUGUCAUUUUCUGUAUUUGCAGUCAAUAAAAUGUUACUUCUUAA